CUUUCUCUCUGGUUCACCUGAGUCAGAAGGUGAAUUCCACCACGAUAAGGUUGUAAACAGAUGCAUGCCAGGGGACAAGCGUCUCUCUUGGCUGUCUGACCAUCAUCACUCCUGACCCUCCGGGUUCUGCUGAGUUCCUCGCGACAACUCCGGAGUUGUGCCUGCGCGCCUGCAGCGGCCCCUGGGGGGAAGCUUGCAAAGUCCCGGCUACCGAGCUGUUCUGGAGCUCGCCCCUCCCCGUCUGGGGGGCUAGGGUCAUCCAAGUUCGGAUUGCGGGGGUUAGUGCCGCUCUGCAGAGGGCAACCCAGCCAGUCAUCGUCAACGCGCCUUCUUCAGCACCCCCGGGACGGAGCCAGUUUUCCAUGGAGCACUGUGGGGAGGAUGCGACCAUAUUCACUGCCCACCAUCUGCCCAGUGACCCCCGGCUGUGGGCCACUGUGACUAACUCGUACCUGGGCACACGCGUGUAUCGUGCCACGCUGCACGUGAAUGGCGUGUACAAUGGGGCGAAGGGGGACACUCACCGGGCUAUCUUGCCCAGCCCGCUCAAUGUCCAGCUGGAGACCCCUGAAGGGGCAGGACAGCAGCUGACCAAGACCUAUACCCUGGACACCAACACAGGGUCCUUUCUGCACACCCUGGAGGGCCCCAGCUUCCGGGCCUCCCAGCUCAUCUAUGCCCACCGAGUGCUGCCCCAUGUCCUGGCCUUCCGCGUAUCCAUUGCACGCUUGGCUACGGGAAGCUCACCCAUCACAGUGCUGUUGCGGUCGUCCUUCUCCCCAGAAAGCCCAGACGUGGAACUGAAUGUGGGUCCUGACUUCCAGGGACUCCGGUACCUGUAUGGCCACACGCUCACCCCUGAGCAGCCAGGAGGGCCACGGCAGGAGGUACACAUGCUGUGGACCCCAGUGCCCCCAGCCUUAACUCUGGAGGAAGGCGAAGAGGACAGGACCUGGGACUUCCUGACUGUGGUGGGCGACAGCCAGGCUGAGGCCCAGGCCUGCUUUGCCGAGGCCCUACAACUGCAGACUAGGGGUGCUCUGUACACGGCCCACACAGAGGCUUGGGCCCAGCUCUGGGCAGGCUGUGGUCUGGACGUGGCAGGGCCCCUGGCUCUGCGCCAGGCCCUUCGUGGCUCUCUCUUCUACCUGCUUAGUGAGCUGCCCCAGCCUGGCGUCCCAGGAUAUGUCUGCCAUGGACUCAGCCCUGGAGGCCUCUCCAAUGGGAGUCAGAAGGAGUGCUACUGGGGCCACAUCUUUUGGGAUCAGGACCUGUGGAUGUUCCCCAAUAUCUUGAUGUUUCACCCGGAGGCUGCCAGAGCCAUCCUGGAGUACCGAAUCCGAACACUGGAUGGAGCCCUGAUGAAUGCCAGGAACCUGGGCUACCAGGGAGCCAAGUUUGCCUGGGAGAGUGCAAACACUGGCCUGGAGGUCUGCCCUGAAGACAUUUAUGGGACCCAGGAGAUCCAUGUCAACGGGGCAGUACUAUUGGCCUUUCAGCUGUACUACCACGUCACCCAGGAUGUGCAGCUCUUCCGAGAGGCCGGUGGCUGGGAUGUGGUCAGUGCUGUGGCUGAGUUCUGGUGCAGCCGUGUAGAGUGGAGCCCUAGUGAGAAGAAGUACCACUUGAGAGGAGUCAUGCCCCCCGACGAGUACCACUCAGGAGUCAACAACUCUGUGUACACCAACGUUCUGGUCCAGAACAGCCUGCGUUUCGCUGCUGGCCUGGCCCAAGACCUGGGACUGCCUGUCCCCAACCAAUGGCUAGAUGUGGCUGAGAAGAUCAAGGUGCCCUUUGACCCUGAGUGGAACUUCCACCCUGAGUAUGAUGGGUAUGAGCCUGGAGAGGAGGUGAAGCAGGCUGAUGUUGUGCUCCUGGGAUACCCGGUUCCCUUCUCCCUGAGUCCUGACAUCCGGAGGAAAAACCUGGAGAUUUAUGAGGCUGUGACAUCCCCCCAGGGCCCUGCCAUGACAUGGAGCAUGUUCGCUGUGGGCUGGAUGGAGCUGAAGGAUCCGGCCAGGGCUCAGGGGCUCCUGGACAGGAGUCUCACCAAUGUCACUGAGCCCUUCAAGGUGUGGACUGAGAAUGCGGAUGGGUCUGGCGCAGUGAACUUCCUAACAGGCAUGGGGGGCUUCCUGCAGGCAACACUCUUUGGGUGCACAGGGUUCAGGGUCACCGAGGCAGGUGUGACCUUUGAUCCCCUGUGCCCGGCGGGGGUCUCUCGAGUGUGCGUAUCUGGCAUCUUCUAUCAGGGGAACAAGCUCAACUUUGCCUUUAAUGAGGACUCCGUGACAGUUGAGGUUACAGCUCAGACAGAGCCCUGGGCCCCCCUACUGGAGGCUGAACUGUGGCCGUCGCAGGCUCGGCUUCCCUUACGACCAGGACACAAGGUCUCCUUCCUCCACUCAGCUGGCCGGAUACAAAGGUCAUCCCCAUAGCUAUCCAGAAGCACUGGCUGUUUCCUGGGAGAAGUUUUGAAGACAAUUCAAUCUUUGCUCCAGUGCAUCUGGGACACCUUUGGGCCCUUGAACCCCACCUCCAGCCUCUAACUCUUGAUCCCUGUCCUGAACUAUCAGGACUACUGCGCCCUCCCUCUGCGCCUUUCCCCUCCCCCACCCCCACUCUCCUCAGUCCAAGGUUGUUUACCUCUAGCCUCAAACAUUCUCUUACCUUAAUUUGACCGCAGCACCCCAUCCCUCAGCUCUGCUUCUUGCUGCCUUCCCAGGACUAGGGCCUCAACCUCCAUGCUCUCAUCUUGUCCUCUGGUCCCUGGACUGGUCUGGACACAGGGAUGGUUGGGGAAUGGCCUGCAGCUUUGCCUAGUAGGUGGCCAUGGAGGUGAGGCAUGGAAUCAGGCUCAGUGUAGAUUUUCUCAGCAGGACAGCUUCCCUAAAAGGGAGCUUCCGGUGGCCUGCGGUUGGGACCAGGCAAGGCUGGCCAGGUGCUCACAGAUUUGUGGGACCUUAGUCUCCUUGUUCUUUGAUUCCUCUUGACUCUGAGGUCAGAAGGCUCCUGGCCCAGUGGGGUGGGGUGUGAGCUUCCCUCAACCACAUGGAUUUUGAGGAGGGCAGGGCUAUCUCCAGAGCCAGGGCAGGUGGACGCCAGAGUAAGACCCCGCAGCUCCUGGCUGGCCACUAGAAGACGAGCAAUUCAAAGUGAUGGUCCCAUCUGUGCUGGGAAGCUGACCACAGCCAGAAGCUCUGCCCAGCCUCUCCUCCUGGGUGCUCAGCAGCUGGCAUGGUUCGUCAGACUACCCUUAAAACAAGAUGCCAUGGCAUCUCUGAUGCUGAGAUCCUGGCAAGGCGCGUAUCCCUGCACCGAGCCACAGUGAUACAUUAAAGUUGGUGCUGGGAAAAGCUCCUGCA